GUCAGUGACAGCCCCAAACAACAGUCUGGAGUAUGAGGAAAUGGCAUUCUGAGGCGUGAUGGACCCAUUUGACAGUACCGAAAGCCAGGGCUAUAAUAAAUCGGAGAAAGGGGCCGAGAAUCUCGCCACGCGGCUGCCGUGGGCCCGCUUCUCCUCAUGGCUGGAAUGUGUUUGCGUCGUAACGUUCGACCUGGAGCUCGGGCAGGCCAUUGAGCUGGUGUAUCCGCACGAUGUAAAACUUACAGAGAAAGAGAAAACGAGCAUUUGCUACUUGUCUUUUCCCGAUUCCUAUUCUGGAUGCCUCGGUGACACUCAGUUCAGCUUCAGAGUGCGACAGUCAGUGGGGCAGAAGGGUUCCUGGUUCAGAGAAGAGGACACUUACAACAGAGACGCACCGGGAACGCUGCAGAGAGAGCCAGCCCAUUACUACGGAUACGUGUACUUCAGGCAGGUCAAGGAUGGCUCCGUCAAAAGAGGGUACUUCCAAAAGUCAUUGGUGCUGGUGUCCAGACUGCCCUAUGUCAACCUCUUCCAGUCCCUGCUGAAGCUCAUUGCCCCUGAGUAUUUUGAGAAGCUGGAGCCUUGCCUGGAAGCAGUGUGUAAUGAGAUUGACCAGUGGCCCGCCCCGGUGCCAGGCCUGACCCUCAACCUGCCCGUCAUGGGAGUGGUGAUGCAGGUCAGGAUUCCUUCAAAAUACGACAAACCAGGAGGAAGCCCUCUGAAGCAGUCGCACAAGGAGAACCUGCUGCCUGCUCCCAUGGUCCUGCCCACAGUGCACGAGCUGGAUCUGUUUAAGUGCUUCCAGUCCGUCCUGAUCCACAUCCAGAUGCUCUGGGAGCUGAUGUUGCUGGGAGAGCCGGUGGUCGUCAUGGCGCCCUCUCCAACAGUCUCCUCGGAAACCGUGCUGGCCCUCGUCAGUGCCAUCUCUCCGCUGAGGUACUGCUGUGAUUACCGGCCUUACUUCACCAUCCAUGACAGCGAGUUCAAAGAGUACACCUCCAGGACGCAGGCACCGCCCAACGUGAUCCUGGGGGUCACCAACCCGUUCUUCAUCAAAACCUUCCAGCACUGGCCUCACAUCGUCCGCCUGGGGGACCUUAAGAUGUCAGGUGAUUUGCCGAAACAAGUCAAAGUGAAGAAGCUGGCAAAGCUGAAAACCCUUGACACAAAACCAGGUGUUUAUACGGCAUACAAAACAUUUCUUCACAAAGACAAGGCACUUAUUAAAAGGCUUUUAAAGGGGAUCCAGAGGAAGAGGCCGUCGGAGGUGCAGAGCGCCAUCUUGAGGAGACACCUGUUAGAGCUGACGCAGAGCUUCAUUAUACCACUGGAACGCUACCUGGCCAGCCUGAUGCCCCUGCAGAAGUCUGUAACUCCCUGGAAGACCCCUCCGCAGAUCCGGCCCUUCAGCCAGGAGGAGUUCAUGGGCACGCUGGACCACGCAGGGCCCCAGCUCACCUCCGUGCUCAAGGGCGACUGGAUAGGGCUGUACAGGCGAUUCUUCAGGUCUCCGAACUUCGACGGGUGGUAUCGUCUCCGCCACAGAGAGAUGACACAGAAACUGGAGUGUCUUCACCUGGAGGUCAUCUGCGAGGCUGACCUGCUGGAUUGGAUCAAAGACAAGUCUGAAGUGGAGAUUGUUGACUUGGUCCUCAAACUGAGAGAGAAGCUGAUGAAGGCCCGACGGCAGCAGCUGCCAGUAAAGGAGGAAGUUUUGGAGAAGCUGGAGAACUACAUCCAGACAGUCAUUGGAUCGCUGCCCGAAGACCUGCAAGCAGUGCUGCACCGCCACUGACCGGUCCAAUACUGGCUACUCCAGCACUGACCACCCCAAACCCUGACUCUUCAAAUGAUGACUGCUCCAGGACUGUCCUCCCCAACACUAACCGGUCUGAUACUGACUACUCCAGUACUGAAUACCCCAACACUGACUGUUCCAAUACUGACCCUCCCAACACUGACUGUUCCAAUACUGACUACUCUGGCACUGACCUCCCCAACACUGGUCUGAUACUGACCACUCCAGUACUGACCAGUCCAAUACUGACCACCUCAGUGCUGACUGGCCCAAUACUGACUACUCCAGCACUGACCAUCCCAGCGCUGACUGGUUCAGUACUACUCCAUUGCUGACUAUUCCAGUGUGGGCUUUUCCAGUAUUGACUGUUACAACACUGACUGCUCUAGAACUGACUGCUACAAUCAGUACUGACCGGUCCAGCAUCGUCCUCUUCUGCACUGCCUGCCCCAGCACUGCAGCACUGACUGAUCCCACACUGACUUCCCCAAGAUGUACUGCUCCACUACUGACAACCCCAGCACUGCAGCACUGACUGCUCCAGGGCUACCUUCCCCAACACUAACCGGUCCAGAAUUGUCUGCACCAGUACGGACCGCUCCAGAACUUCUGCAGAGCUGACAGCUUGAACACUGACACUACACCAGCACUGACCGUCCAAUGCCGGUGCUUUCUGACACCCAGGACUCCUCUGUGCCACGCCCCCCUGAGCCCUUACCCACGCCAGUCCCUUGCCGUACCUCUUGAAAUGGCAUUCAUCUCGUCAUUUUACCGCUUUCUUUAUAUUCAUUUUAAAACGUCGGUAUCCUCCUUUAGACCCAAAUAGGUACCUUAAAUGAGCAACAGGUUCACAGUGUAGAAUGUAGCGAAGUGAAUAUUGAAGCUUACUGUAUAUUCAUCUCCAAGACUGAUGUUGAUCAGACAUAGCCAUAACUACCAGGACGUCUGAACGUGUGAAUGAAAGUCUGCCUUUGCCUAUCCAGAGUUUGGCGAUCAGUGUCACGACGUCUGAGUUAUUAGUUCAUAUACCUCAUCAGUCAAGCUCAUUGAAUGUGUUUGUGUUCAGUUUCAGCACCCCAUCCUCUAUGUAGGCAGAGAAUUUGAAUGUUAGCACUGUUUGCUUCUCUCUUUGGAGGGCUUGUUCGCCACAAAGAAAAUGGCCUAGAUGUUAGUCAGUUAGGCUUCGUAUACAAGUUGAGAAAAAUAGCAUAGCGAAAACUAUUUUAAAAACGCUCUCCAAUAUGUCUGCAGUCACUGCCCUGACGUGUUGCGAAGUGGUGUCGUGUAACCCUUACCUAGGUACUGUGUGGUGCGGUGUUUGUCUCUCAGCCAUGCGUUUCUGCCUUAUGUGACAGAUAGGGAGUAUUACGUCACCAUUGCUUUUAAGGUAACCAGCUUGACGUGGCAGUGGCCACUGUGUGACAUAGUGCCAUGAGGGCAUAUGUGGAGUUUAAACAUCUGCUUUUAUUUCUACGUUUUUAAUCUUAAAUUCGAUGAAGCUCAGCACCAAGAUGAAAGGUUUUGCACUGUAAAAACCAUGUCUUGUUGAUUUAGUUAGUUACUGUGCGUCUGAUUAGCUUUACAUGGUUUGAUACGUUAGGUGCAUUAAGCCUUUAUUGGAGCUUAAGAAUCUGCUUCAUCAACAGUCUGCCAUUUUAAAAGUAUGGGUAUGCAAAAUAGAGUCUACUUCCCAUGACUAUGUGAAUUUAAAAAAAAAUCAAGCAGCUGUAUGACUGCACUGUGUAUGUAAAGGAGGGCAGUAUCUUGUCGUGACAUGCAUGCGUGCUGUCUGAAACAGCACUGACGGAUUGUAUGGUUCAUCUGAGCUUUGGAUUUCAGGAGGGUGUGUACACAAGGCUCCUGUGGAAACACACUUCAGGUGGAAAUCCUUUGUAAUUUCUACAGUUACGCGGCACGGGGUGAGCCGUUGUUCCCUGCAGUAUCUGACCUCCCUCGUCGUUAUCACUGUUACGACAGGUAGACGAGUGUAGGAGGAAAGAAAAGGCUGGAAUCUAAUGGGCGCAUCGACCGGCCUCCUGAUGGCUAAUCACACGUCCGGCUGCCUGCUGGACAGUCUGAGAUUUGGAGUUGUGACCGCUUUGUUUUUUGACUUCAGGGACAAUGUGUGAACUGAUUUCUAGAAUGAAAGAGCUUCAGUUUCUGUAUAAUGCAAAUUCAAGGCAGAGAGCAGCAAUUUGUGAAACAGGAUCAAUGUUGGCCUAAUUUACCCACGGUAAUGAUUUAUAUCACAUUUUAACAAUGAUUUGGCUUAAGUAGCAACCUCAGCUCUUUACGGAGUUAAUCAUAUUGGCAUCAGUCGUGAACCCGUUCCAUUGAGAGAGCACAAAUGCUUUUAGAUGACCUUCUCUGACUAUCCAAGUAAGUUUCCCCAUGACCAUAACCUGGAUUUAAAAGGAGUUUACUGCAUAUGCUGCUUUUGAGGUGAAUCCAUUGUCGCUGAGCAGACUUUAUUACGACAGAUGAGUUUUCUGUGUGUAUACAUGUGUGUGAGAGAGAGGAAAUCUGUGUUUUAGAAUACAUGUGCAAUGCAGGCCAAUCUUAGGGGGUGAGGGGGGCACAGCAGUGGGCAGUACAGUGUCCAGACAGAGCCACACCAGAGUAAAGCUAGCCGUGCUGAUCCAACCAGAGAUCCGCACCUGUCCAAGCUGCUUUUGUGGAUGUAAAGCGUAUGUGUGAAUGUUAAUUCUCUUCAGAAAUUAGGUAAGCAAAAUGUGGCACGCACGCACACACACAAAUAACAAGGAAACUGAAGUGAGACACUAUAGACCCCUCUGUCUGAAUGGGGUUUUUUUGUUUUGUUAGUUUUAUUUUGUUGUAUGAAGGGUGCCUGUUUGACUUGAUAUAUUUUGUUCCGGUUGUGGUGUUGAUGUGAAAAGUGACGUUGGAGUGAAGCGUGGGGGUUUGAGGUGUCGCGGGGCGCCGGUUGAUACCCGGCCCGCACAAGCGUCAAAGCUGACCUUGACGCCAGGAUGGCUAGGACACCCUGACCAACUGCUGCCCACAUCCCAGUGCUUCUCUAGAACCCCAGAGUCACAUGACUCUGCCCGCACUGAAACUAGUUCUGUGUUUGAAGUGCAUAGGUGUAAUCUAGACUGUGUACAUUUUUUAAAUUAUUAUUUUUGUUUUAUUUAUUUGGAAAUUGUUACUCUUUUAGAUCUGGUGGUUUUCAUCUAG